UCCUCACCCACCCCUCACUCCCAAACACUCACCUCUUACCAACCCCUCCCAACCCUCACAACUCACCCCGAACUCCCAACAUUCACUUCUCAACGACCCCCAACUUCUAACGCUAACCCGUAAACCACCCAUCACUCCUGACCCCAAACCCAACCCGCUCACCCAUCCGGCUCACUCACCCUUCACUCACCCGCCUCACGCAUUUCACGCUCAUCCCUUCACUCACCCCCCCCCCACCCCAACUCACCUCCCUUGUUAAUCUCUCAAUCACCGCACUCACUCAUUCCUCAUUCACCCCCAUAUCUCACCUCCCCCCCCCAUACUCAUCCGUCACUCACAUCCCUUACUCACUCCUCAUUCUUCACUCACCCGCACCCCCCUCGCAGCUGCUACGCUCUUGAGAGACGCGGGGAGCAACUGCAUGGUGGUGGUGGUGGCGGUGUCACAGAGACACGGAUACAGAGACACUGAGACCAGCAGACAGACGCACACAGAUAUCGAGACAGGCGCACUCACACAGAGUGAGUGGCACGGUGUUACAACUCGUGGGACAAAACUAGAGCGACACUGACACGCAGAGUGCCAACUUCUGAGGACGCAGUCCCGGCGACUGGGAGACUACAGCCGCUCGGAGCCAGCGAGACGACCAACGAGGCAGAGACCGAGAGGCCCAGACACAAUCCAAAGAGAUAAGCGACAGAGAGAGAGAGAGACACCUUCCGUGGAGGAGAGGUGUGACACGGACACAUCGAUAGAGACGCACUUCGUCACACAGACAAUUGGACGCCCAGUGUCGCAGCUACAGAGACAAUAGACACUUGAGACACGGUGGGGGGGAGGACACGGAGACAAACAGAGACAUAAUCGUGAUGUUCUAUUGUCAGACGCUGUCUUUCUGACAGACCUGUUCUUCACCUGAGGACAGCUGCUUGCGUUGUGGCCAAAACGUCGUGAGAAUAAUUUUAUUAUGUUUUAUUAUUUAUUAUUCUAUUAUUUCCAUUCUACGUGACUUUACCGAAAGAACCAAGAAGAUGUUCUAUUGUCUGUUGAGAACACCGAUUGGAGCUCCGAUUGUGCCGUAAUUUAAGCCGUUCGGUCGCUCUGUCCGAGAGCGUUGGUGAAUUCCUGCCGAAAAACGCGCUCGCCGUCACGUUUACAUUUGGAGCCGUGCGAAGGGGAACGCGGUCCAUGGUUUUGGAGGUCGUCGUCGCAGUCACACGGUGGAGCGGGUGUGUGGGGGGGGGGGGUACUGAUAGCGACGCAUCGAGAUACUGAGACGGAGGAGACAGAGAGACGCAGACGCAGAAGUCGAGCCGAAGAGAGAAGGGGAGCGCAAGACGCAGAAUACGCAGACGCGACCCUGCGCCAUGAAGUGGGCUCCUCUGCUCCUGGCCGUCAUCCUGAUCGGAGUGGGUGAGUCCCUGGCGGAAAACGAGGAGCAGCGACUUUACAACGACCUCUUCAAAAACUACAACCGCGACGUCCGUCCUACGCACGACAAAGACGUCCCCGUGGACAUCUCUCUGGGGCUCUCGCUCUCCAACCUCAUCUCUCUGAAAGAGGCCGAUGAAACGCUUCUCACCAACGUGUGGAUCGAUCAAACGUGGACCGACUACCGGCUGAGUUGGGACCCCGAGGAAUACGGCGGAAUACUCGAACUCCGCGUUCCGCCGUCUAAAGUGUGGCUGCCCGAAAUCGUCUUGGAGAACAACAUCGAUGGGCAGUACACGAUGGCGCUGUACUGCAACGUAAUACUGGACAGCAGCGGACUUGUGUACUGGCUGCCACCCGCAAUCUACCGCAGCUAUUGCUCCAUCAGCGUCAUCAACUACCCCUUCGACUGGCAGAACUGCACUCUGGUGUUCCGCUCGCUUACGUACAGCGCCCGCGAGAUUAACAUGCAGCUCAAGUUGGAUCAGGAUCAGGAUCCCCCCAACAAGUUCUUUACCGUGGAGUGGAUCGUGACCGAUAAGGAGGCCUUCACGGAAAACGGCGAAUGGGAGAUUGUGCACCUGCCAGCCAAGAAGCACAUUAACAAAGCCUUGUCCAAGGACGACACCAAGUACCAGAACAUCACCUUCUACGUCAUCAUCCAACGCAAGCCGCUCUUUUACGUCAUUAACAUCAUCAUCCCCAUGGUCAUCAUCAGCCUCAUAGCCAGCCUGGCCUACUACCUCCCCUGCGACUGUGGGGAGAAAAUGACUGUGUCCAUCUCAGUGCUGCUCGCUCAGACCGUGUUCCUCUUCCUCGUGGCCCAGAAGCUCCCCGAGACCUCCCUCGAGGUCCCCAUCAUCGCCAAGUACCUGAUGUUCAUAAUGGUGCUCGUCACCAUGGUGGUGCUGAGCUCCGUCGUGGUGCUCAACCUUCACCACCGCUCGCCCAGCACACACCACCUCCAGCCCUGGAUGCGCAAGGUUUUCCUGGAGCGCCUCCCGCAGAUACUGCACAUGUCACAGCCCGAGGACUCGCCGGACUCGGGCGCACCGGGGCUGGGGCCCCGCAGGCGCAGCUCGCUGGGCCUCAUCGCCACGGCGGAGGAGUACGUGCACGUGAAGGCGCGCAGCGAGCUCAUGUUCGAGCGCAUGAGCGAGCGGCACGGCCUCGUCACGCGCCGCACACCCGCCGUGCGGCAGGUGGUGGCGGACGGCGUGGAGCAGCAGGCUGAGCUGCUGCUGCAGAUGCUGAGGCCCGCUGUGCAGGGUGCCCUCGUCAUCGCCCAGCACACGCGCGACAAGAACCUGCACGGAGAGGAGAAGGAGGCGUGGUACCGGGUGGCGCGCACGCUGGACCGCCUGUGCCUCUUCGUGGUGGGGCCCGUCAUGGUGCUGGGCACCAUCACCAUCUUCCUGAGCAGCACCCUGAACCGCUCGCCGGCCGUACCCUUCGAGGGCGAGACGUUCAAUUACACGCCCGCGCAGCGCCGCUACAUCUAGCGGGCGUCAUCGUCAUCGCCGGCGGUGCCUGGCGGCCAGUCACGGCCGGGCAGGAGGGCAGUUUCACGGAGGCCGUGAUGCAUGGAGGGAAAUUUCAGGGCAAUCGUGGGCGACGGUCGAUCCCAAGGCAGACCGCGUGCGCAGUGAGCGACCGUGGCUCCGCUUGGGAAUUCGCAAUUUAUCGUCGUCCCGUGUCCUCCGGUACUCAUAGCCUUGUUCUGUUACGUUUUGUUGCUUGUGGUUUUUGGACAAUCGAGGGCUAUGCUCACCAACCAAGGUAUAUAUAUAUAUGGUUAACAAAAGCAAAAAACUUGGCACGGAAGCCGUUGGCCACAAUUUCUUUGGUGGAUCAUGGCCUAAACUACAGCAACGAUACCAAUGAGAUGGUAAAACCAAUUAGACGAAAGAGAAUCGGAGAUUGACUCGACGAUGAAUUGAAUAGUUGUAGGAGCGCGUCGUUCUGCGGCCGCUCGAGGCCAUGAUCAGCUCACGGAGUUGUCAGGGGUCACUUGAAAGGUAGUCAGUCCUUCGACAUCACGUUCUGACACAGGGAGGAAUACAGUACUAUGUGACAUUCUUAAGUCAUGAGUGAGAGAUGGAUGGAUCAUGUAACGCUAGCAAAUGUGUUUUUUCGCUUGCAUUUAAUUAAUCGUAUUUAAUUAGGAAGCUGCCAGGGCAAAACGCAUUUGCAAAUCUGCAAAUGGUCCUUUUUGCUCUGGUUUGCGUCUCUAGGAUUUGGGCAACGCUUUGAUCUAUUUAGUUAGUUUUUAAUUGCUUAAGUCUGUAAUAGAAACCCAACGUCAUACCAAAGCUGACUUCACAUUGGAUGAUCGUGCCUGCACCGCCCUCCUCUCCCCUGCUCCCCCACGCCGUUACAUACAGACGGACGGACGCACAGAGGUAAUGUAUCAAACACUCUUAAAGUUAGUUGGAAAGUGUGGAAAAAAACAAGAGUGAGGAGAGUGUUUGUCCUUCAUAAUCACAUUUGGUCGGGUCCCCCCCAACCCCCACCCCGUUCCCACCUGUGCAUCUCCGCUUGGCUGAGCACUCAGUGUUUGUGUUGCUGUCAUUGAUUCACGUGGCGUUUCAAUAAGAAAACUCAAACAUCAACAAGAGCUGCCACUUUUCUCACCGCUCUCUUGAGCUCUCUCUCUCGCCGCUUCUCCCCCUCUCUCUCUCCAUCUCUCUCAGCAUCUCACGCAUCCCGGCAUGUGAACUAAGCUACAAGGUUUAAAAAAAAAAUGUUUAACCAGGUAAGCUGAGCUAAAAAGCUCUUUUUCAUAAGCGAACUGACCAAAAAUCAUAGCUCAACGAAGUGGCUUAUCAUGUCGAAAUGUAUAGCAGCCAAAUACCUCUAAACGCACGUUCCUGAAUGUGGAUAGAAAAACUGAAGGACCCAGAGAAAAUCCACACGACUACGCGGAGAGUGAACAUACAAACUCUGAUUAUACAGUCGUCGGGAUCGAACAAAAAAAAUCCUGCAUACCAGGCGAAGUACUUAACAUCUCACCACCGUGGCACCCCUGCUACAAUAUGUUUAUACUCUUAGGUUUUUUCGGUAAAG